AUCCGUCCGAUACACAGGCGACUGCUCGUGACGUCACAGGGCUUUAGCUGUGUAACUUCUCGAGCAGCUUUCUGUACAAGCCGAAAGCUGGUGUUUGGGUGCGCGUAAAUAGUAACAAACUUUACACAACGUUUGUAUGUAUUUGUAUGCUUGUAAGUUCUCAGUAUGAGUGCUGGUAUGCUUUAUGGGGGUGAUGAGAUCGGUGCCCUUGUCUUCGAUAUCGGACAUUAUUCAUUGAGGGUAGGUUAUGCUCAAGAAGAUACACCGAAGGCGGAGAUCCCGGCUGUGGUAGGUGUUGUUGAAGAUGCUAAUUCAGGAGUAGUAUUGAAGACGGAUGGAAUGGAUAUUGAUGAAAAGAAAUCUGAUCCCACCAAUGUAACAUCGUCUACAUCAGAUACUAAAUAUCACAUUGAUACAAACUUCCUACAUGUAGCUCGAAAAGGAAUGGAAGUUUCUAAUUACAUGAAGGAUGGUAUGAUUGAAGACUGGGAUUUGUUUGAAAAAGUGCUGGACUACACAUAUGCCAAAUGCAUUCAGUCUGAGUCAGAGUUUCAUCCUGUCCUUAUGUCGGAAGCUCCAUGGAAUGUACGAAAUAAACGAGAAAGGCUCACAGAACUAAUGUUUGAAAAGUAUAAUGUCCCUGCAUUUUUCCUUGUUAAGAAUGCUGUCCUUGCUGCCUUUGCAAACGGUCGUGCUACUGGUAUUGUUGUGGACAGUGGUGCUACACACACAUCUGCAGUUCCUGUUCAAGAUGGAUUUGUUUUGACACAAGCUAUUGUAAAGUCACCUCUUGGUGGGGACUACAUUAGCAUGCAGUGCAAAAACUUUUUACAGGAGAAUGAUGUUGAGAUAGUGCCAUCAUAUCUUAUUGGAAGUAAGGAGGUGGUUAAGGAACGAGAGAAGGCCCGUUGGGUCAAAAAACGUAAUUUGCCAGAAGUUACAACAUCAUGGCACAACUAUAUGACCAAGAAAAUCGUGCAGGAUUUCCAAGCUAGUGUGCUGCAGGUGUCAGAGACCCCAUAUGAUGAGAAGACUGUCUCUUCUAUACCCACUGUUCAUUAUGAGUUUCCCAGUGGCUACCACCAGGAUUUUGGCAGCGAGCGUUUUCGUAUUCCUGAGGCGCUCUUUGACCCCAGUGUGGUUCAGAUGCGAGGUGGACUAGUAGGCAAUACCAUGCUUGGAGUAGGUCACAUAGUGACAACCAGCGUGGGAAUGUGUGAUGUGGAUGUGCGGCCUGCCCUCUACGGCAGUGUUGUGGUGACAGGUGGCAAUUCCUUCUUACAGGGAUUCCCAGAGCGUUUGAACCGUGAUCUGUCCAUGCGAAUUCCAUCCAGCAUGCGUCUCAAGUUGAUUAGUGCUAAUGGUUGUGCUGAACGCCGGUUUGGUGCAUGGAUUGGAGGCUCAAUUUUGGCCUCUAUUGGGACUUUCCAACAGAUGUGGAUCUCAAGCCAGGAAUAUGAGGAAGGUGGCAAGGGACAAGUGGAGAGAAAGUGCCCAUGAAGUUCUGCAUGUUUUGUCUUGUGUUUUAAACCUUGAGUGAAAAGAAUAAAGCAAGUCAAUUGCUUUCCAGUGAACAUUUAUACUAUAUCCAAUGUUCUUUGGGCCCAACCAGCUUCACAACCAAUGGCUACAAAGUACUAUCCCCCAGGAACAUAAGAAAUUUUUACCUGGAGUGCAGAGGUGAGACAAUAUAUGGAGUAUUACCUCCAUGUCUUCUACAUGCACAGUCCUCUGCCACAGGGGACCUUUCUUUACCUUUACAUGUUACAAAUAUUCCUAAACACUAAAAAUUUUCAUCACUGACAUCACUUGGUAUUUCUUGUAUUGUGAUUGGUGAUGUAUUUUGUAUUUGUUCCCAUAUUUAUUUUAAUGUCUAUAGUUGCCAAAAUGUAGCUGUACCAUUUGAGACCUUGUAAACUAUGCUUAAAAAAAGCCACAUGAAACAUUAUAUUCUGUUACUAUGUUGAUUUUCAUUGUAAUAUCUAUUAUAGUUCUUGGUGAGCAACAAAAGGAGUUGGUAAAUGGUGUUUGCAGAUCCUUUGCAGUGUAAUUUGUUUUUCCUGACUUUGUUCACACAGGAAUUGUUACACUACCCCCACAAAAGAAAACUUUGACUCAUUUCAGAAAUUACAUUGCAUUAAAGUACCAUAUUAUACAAAGCAUAAUGUGUCUAUGCAAUGUUACUCAUCUCAUAAGAUUGUACAGGAGUGUCAUGUGAAUUGGAGUUAAAAUGCUUAUUAGUUACGUCUUUACACAUUUCACACUCUUGAAACCGUGUGUGGAAUGAAAAGGGAACACCUGAAGAUAUGCUAAUCAGCCUGAAACAUGCAGUGUCAUAUAUAAGACAUGAAGGAAGAAUACUUGCAUGAUGUGCACAGACAGAAUAAACAUUGGACAUAAUCUCACA